AUGAGUGCAAAAGCGUAUGGAUGGAGCUCUGUUUGGGUAGCUCCUGCCAUGUUAAGUAGUCAUAGCAGUAGCAGUAGCAGUAGUAGUACUUUGUUGGUAAUACUCAAACUCUACACACGAGCCCAGACCAAGACCUACCGAUUAAUACAUGGAUGCUACAUUAGUGAAGAAGAGAGUCAGUGGGUGCAGGCGCGAUCAUGA